GAAAAUGUGGAAAGCGAAUGCGGGCAGAAUUCAACAGUUCACAACUUUUUAAUUUUAAUUAAUUACACUUAAUUCAAUAUGAACCUGGCAUGUUUACAGGAACUGCUACAUCUGUCUUGAAGAAACCCGUAAAACAAAACAGUGCAAGAUGCGUGACACUGACCAGUAAAUAAUUGAUUUGUUGAUUUCUGUUUAUGUUGAGUUAUUUCGAAGGCAUUUGGAUGACAGUAGAGUGAACAUGGGAUCAGAACAGAGCACACACCAAACACAGGGGCCAGCAAGCAGAGAAAGAUCAGCAGCACAACUCCGAAGAGGGAAAUCAAUUCCUGAGAGAGAAGUUUUUGAUGAUGCUAACAGACCUGGAAGUAUAUCCCCUGGUCCAAGUAUUUGCUCAGAUUCUGACCUCCCAUAUAUUUCAUACACUGUCAACAGACCUAUUGGAGAUUCUCCUAAAUUGCAGCAGAAGCAUGGGAGUAGCAACCUGAAGCGUGGCAAGUCUUUAGGAAAUCCUGUGACCAGGAAGCCUUUUGUGCCAAAGAGGCAAUUAUCAGCAAUAAACAAAACAGUAACUAACAGCAUAGUUGUGGUGAAGUCAGCAACAAACAAUGAUUCAACUGACAAAGAUCCUGAUCUCAUUAGGUUACAGAUGGUACCAAUGUUCUUACCUAUUAUGCGAGGUACUCUCAACUUACCAGCAGCUAGAGAUCCAGAGGUACUUGAGCGACUGGAUCCCUCUGGCCCAUUAGCAUUAUGUCAGCGUUAUCAGCAUCAUCUGACACUAUGUAGUGAACUUGUCUCCUCAGAACAGGCUGCAAUAAAUCUACGCAUGCGAGAGAUUGAUGCAGAGGUUACAAGGCUACUGACCCUCAUGACAGAGAGGCAGAAACGAUGUGCUAAGUAUGCAGAGAAACUGAGUAAGGUGCAUGAACUGUCACACCAGUUGAACCGUUGUCACACACUUCUCAAUCAAACACUGGAAAGCAUGGAGACAUUAAACAACUGGCUCCCUGUUGAAGAUCGUCUUGAGCCUUUUGUAUGGACAACUGGAUAGCAGUAAUGGCAGUACGCUUGAAGACACCCCUUGAUCAGUUCAGAAAUAAAUUUCACUGGCAUUACAGCACUUUCCCUUGAACUAGAAUGAAUUGUUUUCAUGUUAUCAAACUUUUAUCUCAUUAUUGUAAAUAACUGUAUAAUAGCACAUUGACUCAAUGUGCUUUUGAAUCAUUAAAUACUUGUUAUGACAAAGCCUUCCAU